AUGUGCCAAUCACAAGAUAACAUGCCAACCAGUAUCAUGGAGGAUACUGGUUCAAGGCAACCCAUGAAGGUUCUAGUCUGUUCCGAAAACGUUCCCCCACAAGUCAAUGGGAUUGCUCGUCGCGUAGGACAUUACGUGGAAGGAUUGACCAACAUGGGAUGCGAAGUGGAUCUGCUAAGUCCCGAUAGCAAAGGCGUUUGGAGUCACGCCAAUCCUUGGAACUUUACGGCUGCCAUGAUGUGCAUUUUCCCUGGCUACUUUUUGCAAUUGAUGAACGAAACCUACGACGUUGUUCACGUAGUCAUGCCGAUGAACUUUUCUGGAAUCUGGUUGCUGAUUGGAUACAAGCUGUUGCGACUCUUUACUCAAACUCAGAAGCCUGCCUUGGUCAUCUCGUGGCACUGCAAUUUGUUUGAUUAUGCCGAACACCACUUUCCAAAGGUCCUCGGGAGAUUCCUCAAGUGGGCCUUCUUUGAUGUCUUCAUGUCGGUCUUGCCAGAGAUCUCGGAUCGGAUCCUCACUCCCACCAGAGCCACUGAAACGGUGCUCACCAAGAAGUGGAACGAACACGGAAGCAACCGCACUGGAGUCUGCUACACCGGAUUGGAUAAGUGUAACUUUACACCUGCCAACAAGCACACGGAAGCUGGCAAGAUCUGGCAAGCAAGAAAGGACCGAUACUUGCGAGAAACAAACACCAAAUACCUCCUUUUGUGCGUGGGACGCUUGAGUCCAGAAAAGGGAGUGGACGAACUGAUCAAGUGCAUGUCCGCGUUGAAGGACUGUGCUCUAUGGUUGGUCGGUGACGGCCCAGAUCGUCCCAAGUAUGAAGCUCUGGCACAAGAACUCGGCAUUCCAGUCCAAUUCCUGGGAUACCAAAAGGGAGAAUCCUUGCAUUCGGUCUACACCAUGGCCGAUGUCUUUGUCUGCCCUUCCACAACCGAAACCUUUGGUCAAACUGUCAACGAAGCCAUUGCUUCCGAAGUCCGUGUGGCUCUACCCACUGUCAAGGUCUUUACGGAAGCUUUUGGAGAACACAUUCCUGCCGAUGCCUUUUGGGAACCCAUGAAUCGCCAAUCCAUGGUCCAAGCCAUUGAACUCCAAUUGAAACGUCUCCAAGAAGAUUCGGACAUUGGACGACCAGACGCCAACAAAUUGCGUUCCUGGGAAGAUGCCUGUGCCGAACUCAAAAAGGAUUAUCAAGUGGCCGUCAACGUGGCCAGAACGCAACAAGAUGAGUUGAGGUUACGAAAACGAACCAUGUUCAUCUUGCCAAUCUGGAUCAUGUGCACCAUUUUGGCGGCAAAUUAUGUCUACCUGCUGUCGUUGAUUCGCACAGCUCUAGGUGGAAUGUCAUUACGAUACUUUAUCAAGACGACAUUCUUUGAGUAA